AUGUCGUCAUCCAAUGGAGCUGGGAGCGCUGUCGCCGCGUGCGGUUCAGACGGGGACGGGAUGGGACAACCGCGGUGGGAGUCGCUCGAGGCGGCGCAGCAAGCAUUCUCGACCAUCAGCAACCCUGUAGAGCCCCAGUCACGGCCGCAGAACACCCAGCCUGAGGGUGACAGCGUCGCCGUCGUCGUGGUAGGAGGUCAACCCACUGCGGUUCAUCCGUUCCCGCACCGCUCGCCUGCGAUGGACAGGUUCCAGCGGCUGCACGCUUACUUGGAGUCUACGCUCGCGAAUCCGCCGUCCCAGCCAGACCCGGCGGUCCUCUCGCGCCUGCAACUCAAGCUCGAACGGGCACGACUCGCCUUCAUCGACCUCCUCGACACACCGCCCAAGGAUGCCAAGCAGCGCGAGCAGCUAAACAAGGGCUCGUUCACCUACGUCGCGACCGGUUCGUCUUACCCUGCAGGGCCUGCGCUCGUCAAAGACAUCCUUUUCCUCUCCGACUCGCUCAAUGCGUCGGAAGAGCUGUGCGCGUCGCUCGUCGCCUACGGCAUCAACGCGAAGCCUCGGAGCGGUCAAGGACGGGCGGAGAGCGGUCUCGUCGUCUGGCUCGACGAGCGUGCGUCGCUGUUGCUCUGCUUGCAGGCAAUCUGGCGAGGAGCGCUGUCGGCGGACGAGCGCCUCGCGGCAUCGGGGAUACAGCGGGUGCUUGAGCGGGAAGUCGAGGAGUUGACGCGCGGACGAGGUGCGGAAGUGUCGCUUGGUGGAGCAGGAGGAGGUAAAGCGAAGGGCUCGUGGGUGGAGAAGCUCAUCCGGUCACUCGACGAAUGCAAGGCGCAGGCGGACAGGUUGCGCGCGUCCCUUCGUGGUCCCGCGCCUUCCGUCGGCGCUCUCGUCCCGGCGGGUCAGACGCCGUCGUUCCCCGACGAGGUGACUGAGAUGCGUGUCCAGCGGUACGAGGAGGAGCGAAGAUUGAUCGGCCAGCUUCUCUUCCUCAUCGGUGCCGGCCGCAACAUGUCCAAGGACGACGUUCAGCUCCUCGUCCGCCAACUCUCCUCGACUCCCGUCACCGAUGGAGCCGCCGUCUACGUCCUCGUCGCCCUCCUCGCCGCUCUCGACACCUCUACCGACGCCGCCGCCCAGCAAGCCUACCCCCUCUUCUCCGACUCCGCCUUCGUCUCGCGCAUCAAGUCCGACCUCGCUUCGAACUGGACCGUCCCGCAACUCAAGGCCGUCGUCCAGCUGCAGUGGUCGAUCUUCCUCGACACUGCCGCCCGCCAUGCCCCCAACUUUGAAGCCGACGGAGGCGAGCUUGUCGACAGCUUGACCUGGCAGGCGGUGGAUGCCGGCGUCUUCCCUUUCCUUGGCCGCUCCGUGCUCGCCUUCAAGCGGGAUGAGGAGAUGGCUGAGGUUUGGGGCGGUAUCGGCGCGGAUGUGCAGCCACUCGGCGGAGACGCGGUUGUCGACCCGUGGUUCCAGGACUACAUCGUCGAGCAGGUCGAGUUGUUGGCGCUUGAGGUUAUCUCCAACCGCAUCUCGAUCUUGCGAAAACUCCGCAAUCGCGAGGAGGACGUCGUCUCGACCUCGCAUCGCGGCGGCGGUCUGCGUGCAUCUCGAGGCGUAGCCGACAGCCAGCCGCCGCAGCCUCGACACGACCUCGAAGCCUUCUUCCUCCUCGUGGCGACGAUUUACCGGCACAACCCCGAUGGCGGCCUCAAAUUCUGGGAAGAGGAGACGACCGAGCCGUCGACGUCGGCAGUGGUGCACAACCCGAUGGCGAGCCGACUGUCGGCAUUCUUGCGAUGGGGCAGCGAAUGUCGACCGCCCGCGAUGAUGCGCGCGUACUACGAGAUGGUCGCCGCUCUCGCGACCGGUCCUCGUAGCGCGACGUACGCUUUCGAGUUUCUCUCGGCCGGCGGCGCUCUCGACGGAUCCUCGGCGCCCUCGUCGACAUGUUCCUGGGCUGCACUCUUCGGCGCUCUCGAGUUCUACCUCAAUAAUCUUCCCGACCGACCACUCGAAGCGGGCCCGAACGCAGAGGGCGCCAUGGGCGAGAUGCCGCCCGAGGAAGUCCCGCUCCUCCGCUCGUUCGUCCGCCUCCUCCGCCAAGUCGUCGCCUUCUCCGACGUCGCACGCGCCACCCUCCACGACAACCAGCGCUACCGCCCCAUCGUCACCCUCUUUGCCCUCACCGGUCGCUCGGUCCCCAUCGAUCUCAAGGCGACACUGCUCUACGCCAUCGAGGCGUUCGCACGGCCAGGUGGAUCGUUCGGUGUCGAGAUCGCACGCAAGACGUGGGCAGCGCUCGAGCAGAGUCAGAUCCUGCCGACUUGGGCGAGUGCGGAGGGUCGCGACGCGCGAAGUGGCGCAGGCUUUGCCAGCCGGUCGCCGUCGAAGCCGCUGAUGCGCGGACCCGAGCCGUUGACGCUCGAGGGAGGGAUCCUGACGGAGCUCGAGGAGGUCGAGGCGCCGAACCGGGUCUUCCCCGAGUCGACUGCGUUUGUCAAGCUACUCUGCACCCUCAUGCAUACGCCUUCGACUCUCGAGCCCAUCCGCCGCGGCGUCGAGCUUGACAUCCACACCAUUCCCGACAACCUCGGUGCGCCCAAUCGUGCGCCAGGCGUGGACCCGUACGUCAAGUUCGUCGUCGAGGAUGUUCUGCUGAAGGCGGGCGAGCGGGAGUAUGCCGAUCCGAAGGAGCGAUGGCGGGUCACCGACGUCUGCCUGGCCUUCGUCGAGCGAUGCUUGGCGAGCUUCGACCUCGGGCCGUUCCUCGCAUGGGUCGCGAACGGCGGACGCUCAACUGCGGCAGGCGGCCUGUCUCCCUUGCAGCACCUCGCUCAACACCCCGGCUUCGACAUCCUCUCUCGCAUCCUCGGCAGCACUCCCCUCCUCGAGACGAUCCUCACAAUCGUCACCGCCGGCUACGACUCGAUUCGCAAUAACCUCGCCGGGACGCCCCUCUUCACACGCUGCAUGCUUCGCUGCCUCCGCAUCAUCCGCCGCACGCUCGACAUCCAGGCGCCUUUCCUUGAGGUCGCUUUGCCAGCGCUCGCCGACAGCAACGUCCACAUCCCGCAGGACAAGCUCGCGAGGCUUAAAACGCUUACGCCAGUCGACCAGUCCUUCCUCUACCACUCUGAAGUCAUCGUCCAGAUAGCCCUGCUGGUCGCAUGCGAGGAGGAUGACGAGAUCGCCCUCCUCGCAGUCCAGAUUCUCGCCAUCGUCGCCGAGUCGCCCUUCUUCGAUGUCCAGCAGCGGUUCCCGGAACAGUCGCGGACGAAGCUGAACCGCCUCGUUGGGCUGCUUCAAGCGUCACCCGAAACGUUGCGGAUCCAGGAGGCGUUCGUCCAGCGGCUCGAGGAGGAUGUGCCCGAAUCGGAGCUCGAGUCUCCGGAGUGGGAGGGACCAGUCGGAGACGAGUCAAUCGAGGAGGUCAAGGAGGAGAACCCGGGCGCAUUGCGUCGUGCCAUCCGCACCGCAAUCCUCGACCUCUUGCUCGCCAACACACGACAAGAACGGACAGCGCCAAACGUCGCCCACCUUCUCCUCGGCUUCAAUCUGCAGGGCAGGCCGGAGGAGAUGGAGAUUGAUGACCCCGAGGCGGCCGACACGGUCAAGACGAGCUUGCAUGUGAUCCUCGACUUGUUGGCGCGGAACGUCUCUAGCGAUGAGGGCGAACAGCAGGUCUCGCUCCUCGUCCGGCAUCCUUCCCUCGCCUCGCAGUGUUACCGCCUCGUCCGCCAACUCUGCCUCCAGCCCUACACCUCCGCCGUCGUAUCCCGCUACCUCCGCAACCGCGAGCAGUUCUUCCUCCGCCAAACCCUCGCCCUCCCCUUCUCCAUCUCUCCCGCUUCGCAAGGUGCCAUCGGCGGCGUCCAGUACGCGGACGGCAAGCAGGUUGUCUCGUCGUGCGCGGCCGUCUGCGCCGUCCUCCAGGCUGAGGGCUGGCUGCUCGACUCUUCGGCACUCGAGCUCAGCGUCCUCGCGACCGGCAACGACACUCGUCGCGCCGGUGAGCUCAUCGCAGCACUCUUCGAGAACCCGAGCGCCAUAGACGACGAUGUUCCGGCGUUCCUUGAGCAGGACGGCGGUCUCGAGCAGGCCCUGCCACGCAUGCUCGAGAUCUUCCACUCCUUCGACUUUGCCUGGCACGACUCGAUUGCGCCCAACGAGCACCGCCUGAACCUCUUCGCCGAGCUCCGCUUCGACUCGUGCCUCAAGCGGAACAGCACCGGCUGCGAGACGUACGACUUCGGCGCGCUUCUGGCGCUCCUUGGCGCGGCUCGUCGGGAACUGCAGAACCGUGGCCUGCUCAACACGCCGCAGCAGCAGGAGGAAGCGAAGAAGGUGACGCGCGCGAUUGUCGAGACGCUCGUUGUGGAGAACCACCGCCGGGAAAUCCAGUUUGCCCGCUACCAGGCCCUCAAGUCGUGGCGCAACCUUCUCGACAUCGUCCUCACAAAGGCGUUCCACCUUCUGCCCGCCGAUAGCCGACACUCCCUUCUCCUCGACCUCAUGAACGCCAUUCUCCCGCCUUUGGCCGCAAGCGAAGUCGACGCGUCGAUCAGCGAGCUUCUCAGCGGUGCGGCGGUGCUUCUGGCGACGAAGCUGCGCGAUGAAGGUCUCGGCAUCCUCUUCGUCGAGUCUGGCGAGACCGUGCAAUCGGUCCCUCCCGAGCGCCUGCAUUCGAUCCUGCGGGCGGUCCUGCAAGCGAUCAUCCAGCCUGGCGUCUCUCCCGUCGUUCGCGGGAACCUCUACGCCGUCCUCCUCAACUACAUCCAGUACUCUGCCAAGGUCGCCGCUGUCUCUCCCGCUCUCGCACGCAACCUCGACGACGGCGCCAGCGUCGCUUCGAGCGCCAACGACGACCUCCUGUCCCUCGAUGGCAUGUCGACGCUGGGCAGCGCAACUGGCCGACGAUCGAGCCGCCGCAACGUCCUCGAGCACGGCAACUUUGCCAUCUUCGCUUCCGCACUCGAGCGACUGCUCCCGGUUGUCUGCCGCGACGCCGCCGUCGGGCACGAGGUAUGGCGAACGGUCGCCUUCACGGUCCUCGACUCGCUUGCUGGCAUUGCGGAACAGGCGCGCGCGACGAGCAAGGUCCUCGGGAUCUUGACGAAGCAGGGGUGCCUCCAGAAUUUUGUUGCGUCGCUCAAGGACGCCGAGGCAGACCUGCAGGCCACGCUUCAGCCCGACCCUCCUUCGCUCAACGCGCUGUACGUCUAUGAGGCGCAAAUGUCCUUCCUCAUCCGCCUCGCGUCGACUCGAGAAGGUGCCGAGAAGCUGCUUGGCGCAGAGCUGCUCAACCGCCUGGCCGAUUGCGAGUACCUCGGUGCUCGUCCGCUUGCCGACGCGUCCGCCAUGGACUUCGAAGGCUUCCUCCCGCCUGCGACCGAGCGACACCACCAGCUUCUCCUCCCCGCCCUUCAGCUCGUCGUCAACACGCUCGUCUCAUUCGGUUCCGAAACCUCGGUCGCGACGCGCCAAGCACUCGCCUUCAUUGCCGGCCAGCGCGAGAACCUCCUCAUUGCGCUCAAGGACUGCGCGGCGAACCAGACGGUGUUGCUGUUGCGCGAGGCGCACCUCAUCGUCACGUUGCUCAGCAUUGUCCUCCCGACCGUGUCGGAUGAUGACCUGACCACACUGUCAUCCUUCGGCGGUCUCAACUCGGCGCUUCUCGCCCUGUCCGCCAAGGUCUGCGGUCCGCAAGACUGGGUCUCGCGCGUCCUGCCCAGCAACGACGUCGAACGCGACGAAGACCAGACGCUCGUCCUCUCGCUGCGGAACAACGGCACCGUCUUCAGCGACAAGGUCGACACGCUUGUCGAGUCGCUCGAGGCCGCGCUCUUGACGUACCAGAGCGUCUCGACGCGCAAGCGGGCAGGGACGAACGCCUUCCGUCCUGUUCUCCUCCCGACGCUCAAGUACGGCGAGAACAGCGCUUCGGGCCAGUCGCUCGGAUCGAUGGGCGCCUUCGUCCGCGAUACGACGCAGGUCCUCGAAGCGCGCUUGCAGGAGCUUGACACGCUCGCUGACUUGCUCGACGGGUUUGAGGGCAAGCCGCUUGACGAGGUUGAGGAGAUGUUUGAGUUCCCGAGGGAGGAGGACGAGAGUGAGGCCGACAGGAGAGGCAAGAUUGGGCAGGAGUUGCAGGCGCUCCAGGCCAAGUGCCGUCUCAAGCUGCACUCGUCCCUCCACCUCCUCGAACUCGCUCUCGCGCUCUACCACCUUCACGUCACCUUCUUCCUCGACCCGGAACGCGCCUCGCAAGACGGCACGGGCCGACCGGACGUCGGUCUCGGGCUCGCCGAGUCGCUCAAGGCGCGGCGCGACCCGAAUGCGGCGCUUAGCAUCAGCCAGUUCGACUUGCCGACGCUGCGGGAGGACUUGGCGGAGGACUUUGCGCGCGUUGCGGACAAGCUCACCGGCUUGCAGUUCAGCCAGAAGAACGUCGGUUCGUCGUGGAGGCACCGCGAGGCGUACGUCGGCGUGGUGGUUCGGCGGUUGCAGGAGCUGCUCCGCCUCGGUGGCGCGGACAACGAGUAA